AUGGUCAAGGCUCCGAAGCUGGCUGAGACCUACUGCGUCUGCCACCUGGCCACCGGGGACAUGCUGCGGGCCAUGGUGGCCUCGGGCUCCGAGCUGGGCAAGCGGCUCAAGGAGACGAUGGAUGCGGGGAAGCUGCCUGGGAGCUGGCGCGGCUGCAAGAACGGCUUCCUCCUGGACGGCUUCCCGCGCACGGUGAAGCAGGCCGAAAUGCUGGAUGAGCUCCUGGAGAAGAGGAGAGAGAAGCUGGACUCCGUCAUUGAGUUCAGCAUCCCCGACUCCUUGCUCAUCCGGAGAAUCACUGGCCGGCUGAUUCACCCAGCGAGUGGCCGCUCUUAUCACGAGGAGUUCAGACCCCCGAAAGAGCACAUGAAGGACGAUGUCACUGGAGAGCCCCUGAUCCGCCGUUCGGACGAUAACGAAACAGCCUUGAAAACCCGCCUGAAGGCCUAUCACACGCAGACCUCUCCCCUGGUCUCCUACUACAGCAAGCGAGGGAUCCAUACGGCGGUGGAUGCCUCCCAGUCUCCCGACGUGGUGUUUGCUAGCAUCCUGGCAGCCUUCUCGAGAGCAACAUCUGAGUGACUCCGUGAACCAGAUGAGAGACCACCAAACGCUGCACACUGCUACAUCACCCAUUGCAGCCCUCCCCUGGGUGCAGGGGAGGCAGGGAGGGCAGCCGGGAGGGGGUUACGAUUGGUGGGAGGGGAAUACGGAGGUGGUAGACAAGGGGCUCGGGGGCUGAUUUGGUUGGUUUUUGUUUGGAUUUCUUAUUCAGCAGAAUCUUUGUGAAGAGGAGAUGGCCUUCUCCUUAGAAAUCACAGUUUGGGGAGGCAGAACAAUCGUACAGAGUGAAACAUCUCUGCCAGUGAUCAGAGGCGGGUCCUUGACCUGUUGGGAGGGUAGGGCUAGAUGCUGUUCCAGGCGUCUCCAGGACUUCCAGGGCUUGUCCCAUCGGCUCUUGGUACUCUGAGGCCACUGCAAGGUUUGCUGUGAUUUUUCUAAAGUCACUUCAUGUCAGCGAGGACCAAAAUGAACAAAUGACUCCAUCAUUUCUGAAAUGGAAAGGAAAAAAAGAUGCCAUGGUCUUUUCCUGGAAGUUUUGUUUUUCUUGUUCUGCUGCAUUCCUGAACCCUGGCAUAGAGACUUCUCAAGGUUUCUCUGCUGCUGAACAGAGGGGCUGCGGCUCUAGUCCAAGCCUGCCUUACUUGGCAAUGGGGUGGCUUUUCUGUGAUCUUGACCAAGCUGGAAUUCACACAAUGCUGAAGAAAUGCAAAAAGAGACUUUCUUAAUUGACUGCAUAAAUAACACUUAAUGGGGUUUUUUACAUUUCUUUUUAGAUCAAAUGGUGCCUUGUCUAACCUCUGAAUCAGUAAUAAAAUAACCCCUUUACAUUUUGUAUCUG